AUGGCCUCAGCUUCCACACCUCCGGUGAGCGUCGAGGCAUCGUCAACGAAAUCACCUUCCUCGAAGCCUCCCAGGCGCCCAAAGAGACCGAACUACAAUCAAAUUCAUCGCAAUCUUCUACCCAUCGAAGUCCAUCCACUCCCUGUUUUAAUCCCCCACAACCCGUUGUCAUUAGUUGCGAUUGCCCUCUCGUACCUCGUUCAGGUCCUUUCGCCCCCAAUUCGUCCAACAUACAAUGGCUACUUCUCUUCGGCAACGUCGUCUAUCCAUGUCACUGAUCCUGACACAAUUCGUAAGCUCUGGGAAAUGGGUUUCUUUGGAAGAGGCAGUCUCAGCCGAAGUGAGCCGAAUUGGGUAGAGAAUAGACAGAAGAAAGGUCGGACAGCGGAGGAGAACACGGCCUCUCGGAGGGAACAGAGGAGGUUGCAGAAACAAGAACGGGCACGGAAGGAGCAAGAAGAUAUUGAUCACAAGUUAUCAGAAGAGUCACAGCAAUACGGCACUACCACUGGUCAGCUGGACGUGAACCCUGCGUUGGAACCUGCGCAACCGUCAGAGCAGAACGGCGACGUCAAUGUCAAUAUAAGUCAUGCAUCCGACAAAUCCAAAUUGAGCCACCUGCCUGGGAAUGGUAGUGUAAACGGUCACAUUGACAGCUUUUUAACAGAAAAUGUCCUCAAAACAAAUGCUCAAAACAUCUCCGACAUUGGCAGUGUGUUAGAAUCAGCAAGUGGGACUGCGACACCUGACGUGGAAGAAGAGAAGGGAAACAGCUCAAUCAACGGAUUCGAGGAGUGGAAGAAGGCAAUCGAGGCCAAUGGCAUCCCGACGCCGCCGCCCACGUCGACUUGUUCAGAUACUAGUCAAGCCGAAGGUCGGCCAGUGAAAAGAUUACAAAGGACGAAGACAGUUCGGUUCUCUCCGACCAUCGAAGCCCGAGAAUUUGACCUAAGCUCUCCUGUGAUUUCACCCAUCAAAAAUCCCGGCACGUCUCUCCUCGAAGACGCAAAACCGGAAGACAAAAAGCCCGUUCCACAGCAAACCCAAGAACAUCUAAAUAUUUCACUUGAAGAGGCAUUUUUCCUCUCAUACGCCCUUGGAGUCCUCGAUAUCUACUGCGAUGACAGCAAUACUAUCCUUCCCCCUUCUUCUCUCCUGUCCCUCUUCCGACGACACUCAUAUCACCCUCCUCGAUCGCUCUCCGUUCCAGCGGAACCGGAUGACCCCUUUAUGAUUUCUUACGCAGUAUACCAUCACUACCGCUCCCUCGGCUGGGUUGUCCGGAGUGGUGUCAAAUUUUCGACCGACUAUCUCUUGUAUAACCGUGGGCCCGCAUUUUCACACGCCGAGUUUGCAAUUGUCAUCAUCCCUUCGUACACUGAUCCGUACUGGACGAGCUCUAGAGCGCCCGAACAGCAGAAAGCAAAUGAAGGCAAAACCAACAGAAGGAGUUGGUGGUGGUUACACGGGAUCAAUCGAGUUCAGGCACAGGUACACAAGCAGCUGGUACUCUGCUAUGUGGAGGUUCCACCCCCGUUGAGAGAUGCAGAGAAACGGAAAGAUGUCGAUAUAGGCAUGUUGUUCUCGAGGUACAAGAUUCGAGAUAUCAAUGUGAGGAGGUGGACACCGAACCGCAGUCGAGAUUGA